AACAGCUUUCUGUUUCCAUUUCCGAAUUCAUUCCUUUCGAUUUUUGUUUAGACAGGAAGUGUACAUACUCGCCAUGGUUGCAACAUGUAGGUGAUUGCAGGUAAUUACAGAAUGGAUUCCAUAUGUAACUUGUAACACUGCACAGAUAUUAGAUCAGCUGGAAUAAAAUUAGGAAGGAAAAAUGGCUGACAGUCGUGUGUUCCCGGGAACAUCUGACAUGGAUGUUGGAUAUUCCACGGCAGAUUAUAGGGGGGCAGCUAUCUCAUCAGUGUCGAAUGUUGAGAUGGAGUCUCAGCGCAACCGGUUGACUUUGGAAGAGGCUCGAUGGAUUGGGGUACGCAAAAAGGUUCCUGGUAUGUCAGGGAUUCCUAAGAGAGCAAAGAGUGUUGGUCGUAGUCAGAGUGGAUCAGUGUUUUAUGUUGAAGAGGAAGACCCUUAUCAACAGAAAAUCAAUGAAAUUCGGGUAUUUGUUCGCCAACAUUUUCAUCAGAAGGAAUGUGCAUCUUUUGUGCCAAAGCCUGGGCAAACCACAGGACCAAAAGCUAAAAAGAAAAUAAGAGAUCUUCAAUGUCAUUGUGGAGAGGUGUUGAUGGAGCAUGCAGGCAUGCAAGGAUUCUCAUCAGAUAUGAUGCUGGAAUAUCUUGUACCUAAAGAGCUACAAAAGUUAAUGUCAAGAGAACGCCGUUAUGACCCGCCACCGGAGAAACUCCCAGCAGUUACCUGGAACAAAGAUAUUAGAACAACAGCGUCCUGUGCAUUUGGUAAAAUAAAUUUUGAGAAUGUGGAACAUUCAGGUGGCAAAAAACCAGCAAAGUAUAUUAGAAUGACAGAUGAAGAUUCUGUUGAUAAUUUGAUUGAACUGAUGAAGGAACACUGGAAAAUUAUGGAACCUGAACGUCCAAAUUUAGUCAUCUCUGUUGUGGGCGGAGCCAAAAACUUUAAAUUAGAUGGACGCAUGAGGGAUACAUUCUCCACUGGGUUGAUAAAGGCAGCAAAGACUACGUCAGCAUGGCUGAUAUCAUCAGGGUUCAAUAUGGGUGUAAUGAAAGCUGUGGGUCAGGCCGUUAGACAGGGUCAGUCAUUUUGCUGGGACAAUGACCGCAUGGUUCAUGUAUUACGCUGUAUAGGUAUUGCACCAUGGGGUUACGUGAAAAAUAGACAUGUUCUGGAAAGUGACAAUGGACAGGGGAAGUUUAAUGCAGAUUUCAGAACCAGUAACGUUAUUCUCCAUGACUCAGCUGUGCCAUUAAAUCCUGACCACACCCACUUUAUAUUUGUGGAUGAUGGCUAUAGGAUAAGAUAUGGAGGUGUGGCAGGUAUCAGAGCCAAACUUGAGCAGAAAAUAUCACAGCCUCAAGCAGAGGGAGGUUUAGGUAUACCGGUUGUACUUGUCGUAGUUGAGGGUGGUACUGAUUGUAUAAAUGAUCCCGGGCGUCAAUCGGCAAAAAUUUUCCAGUCGUCGUUGUGCGGUGGAAUUCGAAGUAUGAAAGAGAAACAUGAGCUUAAACUCAUGGACAAAAUCUUUGAUGCUUAUGGUAAGAAUUGGAAAGACGAGGAAAUACAGAAAAAGACGAUAGACAUCAAAGAGUCCGUACAGAUCUGCUGUCAAAAUUCUGACCUGCUAAGAAAGGGAGCAGAUGAAGAGCAGAGAUUGAGUCAAUUAAAGCUAGCACUGACCUGGAUAGGUCGAUAUAGCACAAGAAGAAAUCUUCAGGGAGGAUGUACUGUGGAGCACAG